AAUCAAAAUAGUCUAAUUGAAAAUUUUGAUUAUUUUAAAAUCUCACAACUAGUCAAUAGUGUAUUGAUAAAUUUGGUACCAAAGUAAGACUUCACUAUAAUUAUUUCAAAGAAAAUAAAGGAAAGAAAAAUCCACAAAUUGCAAAAAAAACCCCCAAACAUUUCCAAUUGUUCUAUUCAUGUCCCUGGAUUCAGCAGAAGCAUCUCCUUCCUCCAGCAGGGACUGGUUCUUCCCUUCACCUUCCUUCAUCCACUCCACUUCUAAUUCUCCACAAUCCCCAAAUUACCCCCGUAAGUUCUCCACUAUUCCAAGACACUCUCGCUCUUCUCAUACUGAUUGGAAGCCACCCAAAACUUCAACGUUCCGUAGCGUUUCCUCCUCUGGUUCCGCCGCCUAUGGAGACCCAAAGUAUGGUAGGGUUCGUCGGAGAAUUGAACUUCGCAGGAGGGAGAAAAUGGCAAAACAAGAAAAGGAGGACCCCGUUUUGGAACAGAAACGGGACGUUUCUAAGGCUGUUUCCGGUGUGAAAACAGCUAUCGGCGAAAUGGGUAUUGGGGAUUUCGGUCAACGGGUCAAAAUCCGGUGGCAGAUGGCCUCCUACAUAGCUAUUUUAAUUACAGCUUUUGGUUCUUUAGUGCACAAGAAUUUCUCUUUACAUAAUCAAGUCAUUGACUUGCAGGACCAAAUUUCAACUAUGAAUAUUAGAUUACAAGCUUGCAAUACGUCAGACACUUUUGAUACUAUUUCUAUAUUGCAAGAGGGUGAUCAUCUUUCCAGUAAAGGAUUAAAAAUUCUAGCUCUGACUGUCUCGAUUGCACUGUUAUCCAUGCCUCUCUUUGUUUUCAAGUAUAUUGACUAUAUCUCUAAGUUUAGAUCCUCAUACAAUUGUUCUGAAAAGGUUUCUCUUAAUAAGCAACUUGAAUAUCGGGUCGAUGUCCUUUUAUCAGUUCAUCCAUAUGCUAAGGCACUUGCUUUAUUGGUUGCAACUCUAAUGCUUAUUUGCCUUGGAGGAUUGGCACUCUUUGGCGUCACUGAUGAUAGCCUAGCCGAUUGCCUUUGGUUAUCUUGGACUUAUGUUGCUGAUUCAGGUAACCAUGCCAACUCUGAAGGAAUGGGUCCCAGAUUAGUUUCUGUUUCAAUAAGCUUUGGUGGGAUGCUCAUAUUUGCAAUGAUGCUUGGGCUUGUUUCUGAUGCAAUUUCUGAGAAGCUCGAUUCGUUGAGAAAAGGAAGAAGUGAGGUUGUUGAGCAAAACCACACUCUAAUUCUUGGGUGGAGUGAUAAAUUGGGUUCAUUGCUCAAUCAACUUGUCAUAGCUAAUGAGAGUUUGGGUGGAGGGAUUGUUGUGGUGAUGGCUGAACGGGACAAGGAGGAGAUGGAGCUAGAUAUUGCUAAAAUGGAGUUUGAUUUCAGAGGGACAUCUGUGAUAUGCAGAAGUGGAAGCCCUCUAAUUCUGGCUGACCUUAAAAAAGUUUCUGUGUCCAAGGCCCGUGCAAUUGUUGUCCUUGCUGAUGACGGAAACGCUGACCAGAGUGAUGCUCGUGCUUUGAGAACAGUUUUAAGUUUGACUGGAGUAAAAGAAGGUCUAAGAGGACAUAUUGUAGUGGAACUAAGUGAUCUUGACAAUGAGGUUCUGGUGAAACUUGUUGGUGGAGAACUUGUUGAAACAGUUGUAGCUCAUGAUGUUAUUGGGCGCUUGAUGAUUCAAUGCGCAAGGCAACCUGGACUUGCACAGAUAUGGGAAGAUAUCCUUGGGUUUGAAAAUUGUGAGUUCUACAUAAAAAGAUGGCCACAAUUGGACGGCAUGCAAUUUGAGGAUGUGUUGAUUAGUUUUCCUGAUGCUAUUCCUUGUGGAGUCAAAGUUGCUUCACGAGGCGGUAAAAUUAUCCUGAAUCCUGAAGAUUCGUAUGUUCUACAAGAAGGAGACGAAGUUCUUGUUAUAGCAGAAGAUGAUGACACCUAUGCUCCAGGCGCAUUACCUAUGGUAUGGAGAGGGAGUUUAGCUGGAGACUUUAUUGUCCCAAAGUUGACGGAAAAAAUACUUCUUUGUGGUUGGAGACGAGAUAUGGAAGACAUGAUUAUGGUUUUGGAUGCCUUCCUAGCUCCUGGAUCAGAGCUCUGGAUGUUCAAUGAGGUAGUCGAAAGUGAGAGGGAAAGGAAGCUCAUUGAUGGUGGUCUGGACCUCAGUAGAUUGGUUAAUAUAACACUGGUUCAUCGUGAAGGUAAUGCAGUGAUACGGCGUCACCUAGAAAGUCUUCCAUUGGAAUCGUUUGAUUCAAUACUAAUUCUGGCUGAUGAAUCUGUGGAAGACUCAGCCAUUCAAGCUGAUUCCAGAUCUCUUGCCACAUUGCUAUUGAUUCGCGAUAUUCAGGCUAAGCGUCUUCCUUAUAGAGAAGCUAUGGUAACCCGAGGUCAAAGAGGAAGUUUCUCCCGAGGUUCUUGGAUUGGGGAGAUGCAGCAAGCUUCCGAUAGAUCAGUAAUAAUUAGUGAAAUACUUGAUCCGAGGACUAAAAAUUUAUUGUCCAUGUCAAAGAUUAGUGAUUAUGUUUUAUCAAAUGAGCUGGUCAGUAUGGCCUUGGCCAUGGUUGCAGAGGAUCGGCAAAUAAAUGAUGUACUAGAAGAGCUUUUUGCAGAGGAGGGAAAUGAGCUGCAUAUUAGAUUAGCAGAGCUUUACCUUCAUGAAGGUGAAGAAAUGAGUUUCUACGAAAUAAUCUUACGAGCUCGACAAAAGAGAGAGAUUGUUAUCGGUUACCGUUUAGAAAAUGCCGAGAGAGCCGUUAUCAAUCCGCCAAACAAAAACGAGAGAAGAAGAUGGUCAGUGAAGGAUGUGUUUGUGGUAAUCACUGAGAAGGAAUGAGAUUGCUUGUGCUAUACGUCAUGAUACUUCAAGAGUUCAUCCAUGGCAAAGUAAGAUUCAGUUUGAAGUUGUCGAGGAAUCGAAGCUCUUACACACCGAGAGCUCACAUAUUAGAUGCAGAACAGAUCGAAAUUCGGUCUUCCUUACCUCGGAAAUCAAUGGGAAAAGCACUGAUCUUCCAGUUUUUGAUUCAUGGAAACGGCUCGAGAUUCUAAACUGUAUAUCAUCCCUUCUUGAUGUAUGUAUGUUGCGACUGCAAUAGCUUCAAUAAUCUCGAAAAUACGAAAUGAUGUUUUUGUAUUUAAACAUGAUUAAUAUGAUAUAUUUAAUAUAAGUUCGAAAUUUGACAUAUUUAAUAA